UCAUCAUUGUGAUGGGCCGCUGUCGCCAGCAUUUUCUCUAAAUUGACCGCUAUCCUUUCAAUGAUUGUCCAUUCUUUCCCCAAAUUUGCCAGCAUGGCUUUGGAUUAUCUGUCUUCUACUCCAGGCGACCUUUUGCUAGAAAUCGCAUCCCAUCUCGACUGCAGACUUGACUUGUUCAACCUGUGCUUGACUUCUAGUCGAAUUUUUAUAAAUGUUUCAUCGGUCCUUUACACCGACGUCGUCUUGAACAGUGUCGACCAAUGUGUAGCUACCCUUGCAAUGCUCCGUCGCCGGCCCGACGUUGCACGUCAUGUCCGCAAGCUUGUUGUGCGACCUCGCAGGAAGGGCUUUUACGGAUUCAGCUUCAAGGACAGCGCCCUUGUUUCCGCUGCAGUCCGUGAUGUCGUAUCAUGUCAGCGGCUGGACGCACUCACGACCUUCUGUUGGGAGGACGAAGAGCUGCCGUACCAUGAUGACAUGUGGUUUGCACUGCGAAUAUGUUGUUUACAGUUGAAAUACAUUAAGACGUCGAUAGGAUCCUUCCUCCCAAAUACCAAUGCUCAUGUUUUCGAUUUUCUGAACCUUCGUGGAUUCUCCCUCACUUUAACCCGCUCCUUCUAUGAGUUCCGAGCGGACGGAUUUAUUAUCGACGAGGCGCAUCCGCUGGCAAGUAGGCUCUGGGAUAUGCUCAUCAAGUGGAGCCCUGACUUAGAGGAGCUUGAGAUCGAGGGAUCUUCCCCGUUCCCUGUUGACGUACAUAGGCUUCUUGAUGGUCAUUGGCCUAAGUUGCGGAAGCUUUCCCUCGGAGACGUCGUCUUGGAUUGGUCUCUACCAUCGACACCGGCGGGGAAACGUCCGUUCAUAUCUUUCCUCGAGGAACAUCCUGACCUUCAGAGCCUGAAACUCUCUAAACACAACAUCCAUUCUGCUCAUCUAUCUACUCUUGAUGCUCCGAACUUGAAGCUUCUAUCAUUCUCUGGGACCAUGCAACAGCUCCAGGCUCUUCCAGAUACACACUAUUCAUCUAUUGAGUUGGUCACGUUUACCGAACCCAUGCAUACAAGAGACAUAACGGCUGUCGCAAUUGCGUCGGUUCUACACAACCUGCCGUCCCUGCUGAAUCUCAAAGUUGCGUUCCAUCUUCACUCAAUGUACGAUAGUGGCAAUCUUCUUCGUUCCCUCGUAGCAUCAUGCCCACGCCUCGAACAUCUUCAACUUACAUGCACCCAAAAACCUUCUUUCCAGCUAGAUUCAUUCUCUAAAGCCAUUAAAGGAUUCCUUCGUCUUCGUAGCCUCGACCUGGCUAUUGUGCGAUACCCCGGAGAUGAUACCCUGUCUACCGGUGCCGAACGCAUCGCUAUGUCAAACCCCCGCCUCAAAUCAUUCACGCUCACGUUCCUUCCUCUUCCGUACCCUCUCCAACUCCCGUUUUCGUUUACUCUUCUCCCAUUUGCUGGACAAUCCACCGCUCGUGGAUCCUUCUACCUUACAUGUGACCAACAUGGACUCCCAAGGAGCCUCCAUGCGCGGGAGCGGCGGAGGCUGGUAUGGCCGUGGGGAAUGGGAUAUACCAUUCGUACACGACAAUACACCAGCGAUCUUAGACCAUCGGGAUUCCCUGGAAAGAGAAAACAUGGCAUAGAAGGAUUUCUCGGAUUGAUCACAGAGAAUUCAUCUGCUGGUGAGGAGAUGCGGAUGAUACUGUUUUGUGGGUUCUUGGUUUGUCUUGCGUUAUGGGGUUUUCUGGCAAGCCAAAGGGGCCCUAUAACUUCCACCAGAGAUAUACAUGUGUUGUAGGUAUAAUUAGAUUGAAAAAAAAAAUCUUACUCAAGUGCAUGUUAUAUAUGUAAUGCUAGUACUGUUUGGAUCACCAUCUUAAUGCGUACACUGGUAGGAGGAAAUUCCAUGUUUAUCAG